UUGCCUCGAAUAAAAGCAUCUCCAUAUUCGUUUUUUAGUACGCCUUUAACAUAUUCUCUACAUUCUUCAAGUGCAACAUUCAUACAUCCAUCAAGACAAGAUAGAAUACCUAAAACAAGAAAAAAAAUCAAUAAAGUCAAAACAUUAAGAGUAGAAAACCUAUAAAAAGUAAAAAAAAAUAAAGAAAAAAAUCAUAUAAACCUCGAUAAUCAAUGCCAGAGCUAAGACGGACGAGAACAAAGUGGCCAAUGAUCUUUUGAAGAAAGGCAGAAGGAGCAUCAGUAGCUGAAUCCAUUAAUUUUUUCUCGAAAAAGAUAUCUCGGCUGAAAAACAAGAAAACAUAAGAAAAAUAUAGAGAAAAAAAAGAAAUAGUUUACAAGUAUUAAAUAUCCUUAAGGAACUAUACACAAAUAUAUUCAAGAAUAAUAUAAAUAAAAAAUAAGAAAAAGAAGAAUUUAUUAAUAAAAUUAUAAAUAACUCUAUAUUUUAGAAAAGAAGAAAAAAGAUAGAGGAAAGAUAUAAAAAACUGGCAAAUUUGAAUAGAUCGGAAAUUUAGUAUAAAAAGUCCAAAAUAGAAAUAUAUAUAUUUAAAAGAAUAAGAGAUAUUUUUAUAUGGUUUAUGGAUUGUGGAACAACCUUAAUUAAAUCAGAACGGAAUUUCCAAGCUCAUCUUGCACAAUCAUAUCAUGAUUUAAUUACUUCAUUAAGAGCGCCAGUUCCUGAACAAAUAGGUCAUUAUCGAAUUGGCGAGAUGAUUGGUAAAGGAGGGUAUUCAAAGGUUUAUAAAGGAAUACAUUUGUUAACAGGAUCGGAGGGAAGUUUAUAAAUAUUUAAAAACAUAACUUGAAAGUUAUAUAGAUUGUUUUAAAAUGUUCGCCAAAAUCACAAGCAAUUAAUUUAUCUCGAGAAAUAUACCAUCAUAGUCAAAUGGAUCAUCCACAUAUUAUUAGGCUUUAUGAAGUACUUUAUACUGAAGAACAUGUUUGGUUGGUUCAAGAAUAUUGUUCAGGAGGGGAAUUAUAUGAUUAUCUUGUGAAACAUACAAAAUUGCCGGAAUAUGAAACAAAAACAUUAUUUUCGCAGAUAUCCAGCGCAGUUGCCUACAUUCAUUUGCAUGGAUCAGUUCACCGAGAUAUUAAAUUGGAAAAUAUUUUUCUUACAGCAUCUGGUAGUGCUAAAGUAGGGGAUCUAGGUUUUGUUCGUGAACAAGUUACAAAUAAACUAUUACAAACAUGGAGCGGAACAUUAGCAUAUUCAGCACCAGAAAUUGUUAAUGAAUCAAUAAACACAGAAGAAAAAAUUGAUGUAUGGUCUUUAGGUGUUCUUUUGUAUGCACUAUUAUGUGGAGAGUUGCCAUUUGAUGAUGAUGAUGAGGGUAUAUUGCGAUCAAAAAUUCUUAAUGACCAUCCGAAAUGGAAAAAUGAUUUGUCUUCAGAAGCUCUUGAAUUAUUGCAAUUAAUGUUGGCUAAAAAUUAUAAAAACCGACCAACUAUGAUAGACGUUUUAAAACAUCCAUUUCUAGAACCCGUAGGAAAAGAAUAUCUUAAAUAUUUAAAAGUACAAAAUUUACAACAUUUUUCAACCAAUUUAGAACAAGAUAUUUUAUUUAAUAUGAAUAUGAUUGGUAUUAAUGUCGAUAUGCUUAAAAGAAGUGUAAUUGAAAACAAAUGUGAUGCAUUAAGAGCUUUAUGGUUAUUAAUUAAAGAAAAAGCAGAGAAAUCAGCGGGAAGCUCUAUAAACAAGAAAAGCUCAAAAAAACAAAAAAAAGAUAAAUUUUUUUGGCUAAAUAUACUUUCACAAGAUAUGAUUAAAAAAAAAUCAUUUAAAAAAUUAUUUAACUUAAAAGAUAUGUUCAUUUAUUCAAAAUUUAGUUCAUAUUUUUAUCCCAAGUCUACUCAAAAUAUUAUAGAAAAUGAUUGCAGAGGAAUCUCAAAAAAGUCACAUAAACACAAAGACAAUAUAGGAUUAAGGGUAUCUAUAUUAAUUAUUUUCAAAAAAUGGCUGAUAUCAUUAUUAAAAUACAAAAAUUCGAAAAAUGAAGAAAAUUUAGAUACUGGAAUAUCGUUGAAUAUGCAAAAACACACUUGUAAAAAUGGAAAUACUUUAAAAAAACCUAGAUCUUAUAUUUUACAUGAAGUUGAUGAAGCAAAUACAAAUUUAAUACAAAAACCAUCUAUAUUAUCACUUUCAUUAUGCAUCUCUAAUCGCUCAAAAGGAUCGGAGGCCUUAAAAAAUGAAAAUAAUUCAUAUAUAUCUAAUUCUAAAAAAAAGAUGCCAUUAAAAGGUCUAUUUAAGCAUUUAGACUGCAAUACAGAUAAAUACAUUUAUCCAUAUGAAAAUAGCAUUUCUAAUCCAUUUAAUGAAAGAAUAAUACACUCGGAUCCCUCAUUUUUAUCUUCAUAUAAAAAACUAACAGCUAUAAAAGAGCAAUGUAAUAAUUAUAAUGAAUCUGAUACCAAAUUGGGAAAUACAAAGAGAUUAAAAAAGAAUGAAAAAGCAGAAUCAAGAUUCCUUCAAAAGAUUGUAGAAGAGGAUGAAACUUUAGAUAAAUAAAAUUUUAAUUAUUUUUUAUUUCGGGAUUUUACAUAUAAAAUCAUGAAACACAAUUCAUUAAAGACAGCUACAGAAAAAAACUUAAAAAUACAUUAAUUUAUUUCGGAUUCAUUUCACAAUUUUGUUUAAUCUUUAAAUUUU